UGAAUUCACAUAAAAUUUCCAAAGAAAUUGCAUAUAUUUUUGGAAUAUGUUUCACAUUCAAAAUUGAAUGUCCGAUGUAGAUAGCGCCAUCUAACGAACGCAGUAGAAUUUCAACGCUAUUUUCAUAAAUGCCAUGAUUUUUCAAGGAUAAUUCUACGAGCAAAAAAAAAAGACCAAACUUCCACUUUUAUUCUCAAAAGAAUGUGGAAAAUCGUAGUAAAUCUGGCAAAUUAUCGUAAUCUUACACCAACCAAACCGAUUUGCCGACAAAGUAUUCACUCACACACAUUGAGUCCCAUCUAUCUGAGUAUGCAUGACAUCGACGUUUGUGAAAGUCUGCUUGUCUCAUUCGUACGCACCCGCCUCUACUCGAAAUACUUAUUGUCGCGUUUUGGAGUUUGAACAUACAAAUAUUCAACCCAAAACAAUAGAUACAUAGAGUUAUUUGAAACAGAACCAAAAAAUAGUAAAAACAUUGCAGUGUGGAAAAUACGUUUGUGUUCAUAUCAAGUGAUUGUGGCCUUUUUCUUCCAUUGAUACGAUAAAAAAAAUAACGCACACGAUUCUUGAGCUCUCGACAAAUUCCAUUUUAUUUGUUUUUUUUUUUUCUCAUUUUUCUAAUCUGCGAAAAAUCAAAUUUCGUUCGCCGAUUAGGUGAUAACCGAUUAUUGGGUGAUUUGAUCAUCAAGCGAUUUAAAGUCAAUUCGUUUAGCUACGAAUUGCAUUUUUUUUCUUCACAUCCUGGCCCAUCGUAACGUCGGCCAAAAUGAGUAAUUGCUUUAGUUCGCCCGACGAAAAUAAAGAUGAACAAGUCUACAAGCCAGCAAAUGCACGAGGAUGCACAGAUGUUUUCUGGCUCGUAUUGUACAUCAUUUUUUGGCUGUUUAUGAUUGGUAUUGCGGUGUUUGCAUUUGUAUAUGGGAAUCCGGUUCGUUUAAUUAACGGCUUCGAUUCGUUCGGCAACACGUGUGGGGUGGAGAAAAAUGAAAAAUUUCAAAAUUUUAAACUCUCCGGCCUGAAUACGAUCGAUAAGCCAAAUGUAAUGUUCCUUGACAUUAAGGAAUGGCGCCAAACACUGAAGCUAUGCGUAAAAAGUUGUCCAGACCGUAACAUCAUUACCAAAGAUCAAUUGUACCAGUACUACAAAGAAACCGAUAGUCACUUAUGCCGAUAUGAUUUUAAUAUGUCACUAUUGGCAGCCCCCAUUCCAAAAAAUAUGAGCUAUUUCAAUAUUCUUGGACCCUGCCCCGAGCUACCCAUCUAUGAAAGCACCGCUUUGUUACAUCGGUGCAUUCCAACCGGUCAUGAUGCCAUCCAAGAAGCGUACGAACUGUUAAACUCAUGGAGUGUUGCCCAGCAAUUAUUCAGCGAUUUGUACAGCACUUGGCAAACCGUUCUAAUCAUGUGCUUCGUAGCUUUUGUUCUUUCGAUAUUUAUGAUUGGUUUGAUGGGCGUUCUGACCAGCAUAAUUUCAUGGUUGAUUUGUGUAUUUGCUGUCAUCGCAAGCAUUGCAAUCACCGUUGUACUGUGGCUGACAUAUUUCGAUGUACGCAAGACCCAAGAUGCCAAGAUAAAAUACUCCUUUUUUGAGGAAUUCCUGCGAAAUGAAACUAUGAUUUAUUCUAUGGCAAUAAUAGCCACCGUUAUUAUGAUUGUCGUUAUAAUCGUGGUGUGUAUGUUACGAAAGAGAUUAAGCGGCAUGGCUGCUUUAUUUGAAGAGGCUAGCAAUUGUAUGUUGGAGAUGCCAUCGCUAGUGCUUCCAUCGGUUCUUGCUUCAAUUCUGCUCUCGUUAUUCCUUGCAUUUUGGAUUGCGGUCGUUGUAUGUUUGGCCACCGCAAAUUAUCCCGGCAUAAAACCAUUACUUAAACAAACCCCAAGCAACAUUACUGAAAUGACCGCCGCACCAUCACCACCGCUACGUAUACGAAACAACACAGACGUCGAUUAUAAGUCAUUCACUCUAAUCGAAUACCACGAAGCCGAUGUAUUACAAAACAUGCUCUGGUUCUAUUUUAUCGGAUUGAUUUGGACAUGCGAAUUCAUAUUUGCAUGCCAACAAUUGGCUUUGGCUGGUGCGGUCGUAUUUUGGUACUUCCGCAAACCAACCGAUUCACCGGUUACAACUGCCAUCUGUAAACUUUUGAAAUACAACCUGGGAUCGGCUGCAAAAGGAUCAAUUCUUAUUACUUUAUUCCAAGUUCCUCGCUUGAUUUUGACCUUUUUAUACGCAAAGAUGAAGAAGGGAAGCGAUAAGGGAUCGGAGUGUGCGCAAUGUUGCAUGAAGUCGUGCAUUUGCUGCUUCUGGUUUCUCGAAAAAUUCCUCCGCUUUUUGAAUCACAACGCAUACACUGUCAUAGCCAUUGAAAAUAUCAACUUUUGUCCGGCUGCUGGAGUUGCUUGGAAUGCUUUGAUGGCAAAUAGCAUUCAAGUGGCAACAAUCAAUGGAAUUGGUGAUUUUAUUCUAUUCUUGGGCAAAUUGGCGGUGGGAAUUGUUUGUGGAUUGGUCAGUGUUUUGCUGUUGCGCAAUCGUGAGGAUAUCCACUUCUACAUGAUUCCAUGCAUUUUCAUUGGAGUCUUUGCAUUCUUUAUUGCCCAUAUCAUCCUCUCUCUAUUCGAGAUGGUGGUUGAUACACUAUUCUUGUGUGUAUGUGAGGAUCGUGCCAUCAAUGGACCAAAUGGAAGAUACAAUGAUUCCAAAUUGGCUCAUUUGCUGGGUGAAGAACCGACCGAACAACUCGAUGGCCAAGUCGUCGAAGAGACCAUACGUCAGGUUGAAAUGGCACCAAUCAAUCGACAGCCAUUCAGCUCACACGCCUGAGUAUCGUUGACAGGGAAAUAAAUCGACAUAAACCGGGCGGAUUUAAUUGAUGUGCCUGUGUAAGCGCUAUUACUUUUAGAGGCUUUGAUAUGAGUUUUAUAUUCGUGUCCAUGACGAAAUACAAAAUUCGACCAGUGUGUUUAUGAACAAAAUGAAGAACCUAACAACAAAAAUAACGGUUAGCUUUAAUAAUUUCUAAAUUAUUUUUCGAUGUCUAGUUGAUAUUGUAUUUUUGCUUUAAGCUUCAUUUUUACCGUCCGAUGUGACAUAAAAUUUCUAAUCAACUGUGUGGUUUAGUUAAGAGACCAAAACAGAAAUGUGAUGGAAUUUUUUUUGCACAGUAUAUUCUCUACGGUAAACAAACAAAAAAGUGAUUUUUUGAGCAACGACGAAUAAGAAACGCACUUAAUUAGUUUUUACUAAUCUCAUUGCAUCUAAUUUACAACGAAUUGUUAUAAUUGCGCGUUAUUGCACAUGGAUUUCUCAUCUCAAGUUGAUUGCGACUUGAAUGUCCCCGUAUAGGAAACAUUAACAUAUGGAGAAUUUUGAUAACAAUUCGUUUUAUCCAAUUUCACUAGAACAAAACCAUUUCCUAACAAAAAAAAUUCUAUCGUAUACUUCAAGUUCUGAUUUGCUACAUUGAAAUCCUAUGAACGCUUUGCUCGUAAAAUACUAUGUGCCUAAAUUUUGCGAUGAUUGUAUUUCAAUGAUUGGAGCCACAUCGAAUGGCUGAAUCGCACUCAAUAAAGUUGAAUCGCCAAUGAAUCGAAGGCACGAAAAGCUUCAUCAAAUAUUUGGCAUUCCUCACAAUGUCUCGAAUUAGCGAAAUCUAUCCAAAGUAUUGAACUAUAUGUACGAAAUUCCAAAUUGUUUCAGCAAAAAGCAUUCCAUUCAUAUCGGAACAUUGCAAGUGCAUAUGCCAAUUCUUUUUUUUAUCAUUUAAAAUUCGUCCAACUAUUCUCUAUACGGCAUUGCAUGCCAAUAAAUUGUAAUUGAUGUAAACACACACACACAUACACCGAGCACAUUUAUUGCUAAACGCACAUUUAUAUGACGCACUACGCACUACGCACUAACCAAUAACAUUCAAAUUGUCAGUAUUCGUAAUGAUUGUUUUGCAGAAUCAUUAACCCAACAUCCAUUGGUAUGGCAGAGAAAAAUUAUUGUUUCCAUUUUGCUAAAUGUCGUUUCGUAGAUUUUUGAUACGAUUUAGCGCAAUCAAGUGAAUCACGUUUUUUUUUGUGCUGGUGUCUACUGUUCAUCGCAGUAGUUGCACGCACAACUUCCAUUUAUACAAUGAACAGAAAAGGCAAUAAUAAUCACUUUUAUUUUAUUGAGUACAAAACUAUAUAAACCAUUGCAUCUUCCAUUGCGAGAUCAGCAUUAAGUCAGACAAAAAAAAGAAACAACAACGAAUAAAAUUAACAUUUCAAGAGUCCAUUUUUUCUGCUUUUCUCCUAUAGAUGAGAGUAUAUGAGAGUAUUUUAUAAAAGUAUUCAAAGCAUUUACAAGAUAAUAUUUUAAAAAUAUAUUCGUAUUUAUACAUCAUUUUUUUAAAAUCUGAAAAUUUAACAAAGUUAAACAACAUUAAAAGAUCAACGCGUGUAUUAUAAAUAUAUUUAUCACAAAUAAAAAUUGAAAUAGAUUCAAA